UGUUUAAAUUUUGUAUUUCCCCUUUGACUGCAGAGUUGUUUAGUUGUGUUUGUGUGUGUGUAUAUGUGUGUGUGUGAAUUUCCUGGAGGAAGGAACUUAUUCUUUUUGAUUGUUUUAAAUUAAUAUCUGACUUUAUUUCAUGUAGGCUGAAAAUCCUGUUAAUAUUUCUGUUCUUUGGAAUAUUGAGGUCUUCUUUGUGGCCUGAAGUUUCACUUUUAUGAAUAGAGUAAUUUUUCCUUACCCUCUGGGAAGAUGUUCCAAGAACCCCAUUGAACGUCUGAAACUGCAGAAAAAUUGCUGCAGAUCCAUUGGCAGACAAAGCCAUCUACUGUAAAGGAAAUAGGUGAAAGUGAUUCUAGGAACUGCGUAGAAACAAUUAACAUAACACAUUGGAGACUUCUAUCCUUAGAAAGAUCUGCUCACAAGGUUGGCUGUUGGCUGGCAUCUAAGAACGUUACCAGGAAAGUAUUAUACCAAACAAAAUCUACUAUUGUAGGACCAGCUGUUCAGGAGCAUCCCGGACGAGAGCCAGGCACAUUUGAGACUUGGAUCGAACUGAAGACCGCCGCAGAUUCUUCUGCAGCAAUGUCGGUGUUAGAAGAGAGCCGACCAUUUGCUCAACAGUUAUCCAAUGUCUAUUUUACAAUACUUUCACUUUUCUGUUUUAAGCUUUUUGUGAAAAUCAGCCUUGCCAUCCUUAGUCAUUUCUACAUUGUGAAAGGCAACCGCAAGGAAGCGGCAAGGAUAGCAGCUGAAUUUUACGGAGUAACUCAAGGACAAGGUUCCUGGGCAGAUCGAUCACCACUACAUGAAGCAGCAAGUCAAGGUCGUCUGCUUGCUCUCAGAACACUAUUAUCACAGGGCUAUAAUGUAAACGCAGUAACCAUAGACCAUAUCACUCCAUUGCAUGAAGCCUGCCUUGGUGAUCAUGUGGCAUGUGCCAGAACACUUCUGGAAGCUGGAGCUAAUGUAAACGCAAUCACAAUAGAUGGUGUGACUCCUUUAUUCAAUGCAUGCUCACAAGGCAGCACAAGCUGUACAGAACUUCUUUUGGAAUAUGGUGCCAAAGCCCAGCUCGAGUCAUGUCUUCCAUCUCCCACACAUGAGGCUGCCAGUAAAGGUCACCACGAAUGUCUUGACAUAUUAAUAUCCUGGGGCAUAGAUGUUGACCAAGACAUUCCUCAUUUGGGAACUCCUCUCUAUGUAGCUUGUAUGUCACAGCAAUUCCAUUGCAUCUGGAAGCUUCUUUAUGCAGGUGCUGAUGUACAGAAAGGCAAAUAUUGGGAUACUCCAUUACAUGCUGCUGCUCAACAAUCCAGUACAGAAAUUGUAAACUUACUGAUAGAAUUUGGAGCAGAUAUCAAUGCCAAAAAUACAGAGCUUCUGCGACCUGUAGAUGUAGCUACAACUAGUAGCAUGGUAGAAAGAAUAUUGCUUCAACAUGAAGCUACACCAAGCUCUCUUUGCCAGCUUUGCCGACUCUGUAUCCGAAACUACAUAGGGAGACCAAGACUGCAUCUCAUCCCACAGCUCCAGCUGCCAACCCUACUGCAGAAUUUCCUACAAUAUCGAUAAAGCAGUAAAAUAAUUCAAAUAACCUGAAAGUCAAAAAUUUCUACUUUAUUCUCAUUAUGAAUACUUACUAUUAAAUUAUACUAAAGAUAGGGUUAAAGUGAGUAUGAGAUCACCCAGGGAAUCAGUGAAAUAUCAAUAUUCAUCUUAAGUGUACUAGUUAGUACUAUUGUUUUAUGCAUUUUUACUGUCUUUGGGUUAUAAUAUAUUUAUUAUAUCUAUAUUAUCAGCUAUCCCAAUAUAUACUCUUGUUGAUUUAAGGAAAAGUUGAUUUAGGGAAA